UUUUUUUUUCUUUGCCAAUUACGUUCUCAUGGGUUCGGAGUUCAACGGUCAAGCGUCAACGCAAAUCCAUUCUUGAAAAGCCGCCCCAGUUGGCGCACCUCCGUCAUCUCCAUCGCCGCCCUCCUCCUCCUCCAUCUCCAUGGAAGCUCCAAGCUCAACCAUGUCUCUUCCCACCUCCAUCUUCUUCUUCUUCCUCGUUAUUCUCCUCUUCAUUCCUCAAUUCACUUCAUCCCAACAACACCCAAAGAUAAUCCAUUCUUUUUCCUCUUCGAAUCCUCCAUGGACGCCCACCCAAAACCAAAUCCUCAUCUCCCCCAACUCCACCUUCGCCGCCGGCUUUCACCCCUCCGACAGUGCCCCCAACCGCUUCGUUUUCUCAGUCUGGUACUACAACCUCUCAUCGCACUCGCCCCGCGCCGUCGUCUGGUCCGCUAACGAAAACCACCCGGUAAACUCCUCCGGUCAACUCUUCAUAACCCCCGCCGGAGAGCUCAACUUCACCGCCCCGUCCGGUUUCGGGACGGCGCGUGAAGCAAAAGCGAAGCUUUUGAUUCACGACAAUGGAAGCUUGGCGUUUGGCCGGUGGGAGAGUUUUUCUAAUCCGACGGACACUAUUCUCCCCCUGCAGCCGAUCAACGGCACCAUUAUUACUUCCAAGAACGGGAAAUUCAAAUUCCUAAAGUCCAAUCUUAUUUUCGCUGAAAAGAACGAUUCUUAUUGGACCGUCAAUAAUGGCGAGAUUCUGAUGCUAGAUGAACAGGGUUCGCUUAAUCAAAUCGGCCCGAAUGUAAUGUACUGUUCAGAUUACGGCCAAAAGAAUCUGAGAAGAUUGGUUCUCGAUAAUGACGGCAACCUUAGAGUCUACGCCUUUGACCGGAACUCCGGCAACUGGACCGCCGUCUGGCAGGCGAUUUACCAGCUCUGUCACGUGCACGGCGCGUGCGGGAACAACUCUAUUUGCAUGUACGACGUCGUCACUGCUAAAACUUCCUGUGUAUGCCCACCCGGGUUCCGGAAAAAGACAUCUUCGGAUGAUUCCUGCGAAAGAAAAACCACCAUGUCCGGCAAGACCAAGUUUUUGUCUCUGGAUUUCGUGAACUUCACCGGCGGGGCUAACCAGACGGAUCUUAAGGCGGGUAACUUCACGGAUUGCCGGAAAAAAUGUUUAGAUGAGAAGAAUUGUCUCGGGUUCAUGAUGAAAUAUGACGGGACUGGCUACUGCGUGCUGCAAUUGGAAACGCUUGAUUAUGGGUUCUGGUCGCCGGGGACGGAGACGGUGAUGUUUCUGAGAGUGGAUAGUUCGGAGACCGAUGUGUCGAAUUUCACCGGGAUGACUGGUUUGAUGAAAACUUCAUGUCCGGUGAGAAUAAGCCUCCCGCCGCCGCCGAAGGAGUCGAAGGCCACCGCCAGGAAUAUCGCCAUAAUAACCACCAUUUUCGCGGCGGAGCUCAUCAGCGGCGUCUUUUUCUUCUGGGCGUUUCUGAAAAAGUACAUAAAGUACAGGGACAUGGCGAGGACGUUUGGAUUGGAAGUUAUGCCGGCGGUGGGGCCCAAACGGUUUAGCUUUUCCGAGCUCAAGGACGCCACCAAGGAUUUCAGCGAAAAAAUCGGGAGAGGCGGCUACGGCGAUGUUUACAGAGGGAAGCUGAGUGAUGGCCGCUCCGUCGCCGUGAAGUGCCUGAAAAACGUCGCCGGCGGCGACUCCGAGUUCUGGGCGGAGGUGACCAUUAUUGCUCGUAUGCACCACUUGAAUCUAGUCCGGCUAUGGGGAUUCUGCGCCGAGAAAGGGAAGAGGAUUCUGGUCUAUGAAUACGUGCCGAAUGGUUCCUUAGACAAAUUCUUAUUCCGGCCGGUUCUUGUCGGCGGCGGCUCAUCCGACAAGACGGAAUCUGCAGAAUCAGAAUCUCCAAUAAGCCCACAGCCCGAGCCCGAGCCCGAGCCCGUUCUUGAUUGGAAUAUCAGGUACCGGAUUGCGUUGGGGGUGGCCCGGGCCAUUGCGUAUUUACACGAAGAAUGCUUGGAGUGGGUUCUCCACUGCGAUAUCAAGCCCGAAAACAUACUUUUGGGCGACGAUUUCUGGCCGAAAGUAUCAGAUUUCGGGCUGGCGAAGCUGAAGAAGAAGGAAGAGAUUAUGACGAUGUCAAGAUUCCGUGGCACUCCGGGGUACAUAGCCCCGGAGUGGAUGCGGGCUGACCCGAUUACGCCCAAAGCUGACGUGUACAGUUUCGGGCUGGUUUUAUUGGAGAUUGUGUGUGGGGCCAGGAAUUUUGACCAGUGCACAUCUAAGGUGGAUAGUGAUUUGUGGUUUUUGCCAAGUUGGGCGUUUGAUAAGGUGUACAAGGAGAUGAAUGUGGAGGACAUUCUGGACCCUCGGAUCAAGCAUUCCUACGAUACGCGGGCCCACUUUGAGAUGGUCAAUCGGAUGGUCAAGACGGCGAUGUGGUGCCUUCAAGAUCGGGCAGAUCAACGGCCGUCGAUGGGGAAGGUGGCUAAGAUGCUGGAAGGAACGGUGGAGAUCAUCGAGCCCAAACGCCCGUCUAUUUUCUACUUGCCGCCGGAGGAGCAAUAAUUUGGCCGUCUGUUGACGCCGUUCUGCAAUGAAUUUUCACAUGUUUUUUUUUUUUUUUUUUAAUUCUUAAUAAUUAAUCAGUCUAGCUACUACUGUAUGCAACUUGCAAGAGUGAAAUAUUAAUGCAAUCUUUCCAUAUGCUAUAUUUCCAUUAAUGCU